AUGCUCAGUUACACAACUCUGGAUAAGCUAGCCGCCAGCGCGCGCGGUUCUUUUUCUUCGCGCGCGGCCCGUCGCGCUGCCCGCGCGCCUUGUGUGCUGCGCUCGACCCCCCGCGCCUUCGUCGCCGCGGUCGGGCCUGCAGCAACAGCCGCGGCAGAGACUGCAGUCGCGGCCGUCGCAACUGCUGCAGCAGCCGCCGCCGCCUCUCCUGCCGCGGCCGCCGCUGCAUCUACAGCAGCUGCAGCCGCCGCAUCUACUGCAGCAGCCGCCGCUGCAGCUACAGCAGCAGCAGCCGCCGCAUCUUCUGCAGCAGCCGCCGCUGCAUCUACAGCAGCAGCAGCUGCCGCAUCAUCUACAGCAGCGGCCGCCGCCGCAUCUACGGCAGCAGCAGCCGCCGCAAUCUACAGCAGCGGCCGCCGCAGCUACAGCAGCAUCAGCCGCCGCUGCCUCUGCAGCAGCAGCCGCCGCCGACCCAGCAGCAGCAGCCGCCGCCGAUCCUGCAGCAGCCGCAACCGCCGAGUCUACUCCAUCGGCCGCCGCCGGCCCUGCAGUCCCUACUCCUUCGACGCUGAGGGCCGCCCAGUGAAAUUUGACACCUGGCUCGAUGAUCUGCACCUUUUCCUACAGCUCACUGCCAAGGAAGACAUUUCACUGUACGACCAUGCCCUAGGCCAUGCUACUGCCCCUGACUCCUCUGCUGCUAGCACACUGCGCUCCCAGUGGCAGACCCGCGACGCACACGCUCGCUUUGCUAUCCGCAACUCCCUGCCGCUAGAUGAGCGCGAGCACUUCGGCCAGUGCAAGACUGCUAAGGAACUGUACACAGCCGUAGUUGCUCGCUACUCCUCGCCUGCGUCUGCCACCCUAGGCCGCCUCUCCCUGCCCUACCUGUUCCCCGACCUGGCCUCCUUUCACACUGUCGCUGAUCUCAUCACCCACCUCAAGACUAGUGAGGCCCGUUUUCGCGCUGCUAUGCCUGCCGAGUUCCUUGCUAGCAACCCCCCCCCGCUCUGGCUCACCCUCUACCACAUUGUCACCCGCCUCCCUGACUCUCUGCGCACAGUCAGGGACUCCUUUCUAGCUCGCUCCCCUACUGAGCUCACCAUUGCCCUCCUCGAGAAGGACCUACUUGCAGCUGAGGCGAGCAUCGUCGCCGUAGGUGCCUCUCGUGGCGAGCCCCGCACCCCCUUCUUCGAGGGGUGUUCCCCUUCCCCCCUUCUCCCCUCUGUCGCCACUGCUGCUGCUGUCGACCUCCUUGGUGCUGAGAAGGUCGGGGCUGCGUCUGCUUCGAGCGGGCGCCGCAAGAGCAGGGGGGGCAAGGGUGGGGGUGGAGGCGGGGGAGGCGGGGGUGGAGACAGUGGAGGUGGCGGUGGGUCUGGAGAGGCUAGUGGCGGCAGUGGGGGUGGUGACAGCGGCGGCGGGGGUGGUGGCAGAGGCGGAGGUGGCAGCGGCGGCGGUGGCGGUCGUGGCCGUGGCAGGGGUGGAGGUGGCCGAGGCGGUGGCGGUGGCGGUGGUGGUGGUGGCCGUGGAGACGCUGGAGGUGGCCAGAGUCAGCAGCACGCCCCGACCCUCCAGGCCGCCCGUGAGUGGUACGCGCAGCGUGGGUACACUUGCACGUACGUCAUCCGCACUGGUGACCGCACUGGCCAGCCAUGUGGGAGGCCGCACCCCACGCAGCGCUGCUUCCAGCGCCUGACUGACGCGUGGCGCAUCCAGUUUCCUGGGUCUACUGAGCUCCCCCGCUGGCCUGAGCUGGAAAAGAAGGGUGUUGAUAUCUGGGCUUUAGACUUUGAUGCUAUUCUCACUGCUAUGUAUGCGAUGUCUAUUAGUGGAGAGGGUGCCCAGUACUUGCGUGUUCCGCCCGACCCGGGCAUUCAGGCCAGCCCAGCUGCUGCUCUAGCACUGCACACCUUCACACUGGACUCAGGUGCUUCUCGCUCUUUCUUUCGUGACCGCACUGUCCUUGAGCCACUAGCUCGGCCGGUUGCUGUCUCUCUUGCUGACCCCUCUGGGGGUCCGGUCAUUGCGACCUCCUCCACUACACUUCCGUGUCCAGCGGUUCCGUCCGGCACGCUCUCAGGUCUCUACCUCCCCUCGUUCUCUACGAACUUGGUGGCAGGUUGUGCGCUGCAGGACGGGGGUGUUCACCAGUUCACCCCUGCCUACGAGCGUGUGACACACUGCACGUGUGCUCGGACGGGCCGCCACCUGGCUACUUUCACUCGAGAGCCGGGGUCGGACCUGUACACACUGACCACUGAGUCCCCUCAGGUAGCUGCGUCUGCGUCUGCGUCAGGUCAGCUGUCCGCCCCCUGCUCGUGUCGCUCUCUGGCGCAUGAGACUGUCCUCUGGCACCACCGCCUUGGUCACCCGUCUGUGCAGCGCCUUCGGGCCAUGCACAAACGGGACCUUGUUGCUGGUCUUCCCAGGGUGCUCCCUCCCCUUCCCGACUCCCCUGCUCCUGACUGCAUUCCCUGUGUCGAGGGGCGGCAGCGCGCCGCUCCCCACUCCUCCUCCUUUCCCCCGACGACUGCUCCCUUGCAGACGCUCCACAUGGACGUGUGGGGCCCAGCCUGCGUCCGUGGUCAGGGUCAGAAGAGGUACUUCCUGAUAGUUGUUGACGACUACUCGCGCUACACCACGGUCUUCCCCUUGCGCGCCAAGGGUGACGUCCCUGGUGUUUUGAUCCCCUGGAUCAGCCGAGCCCGUCUCCAGCUAGGCAAGCGCUUUCACUCGGACUUUCCUGUCCUGCGCUUGCACUCUGACAGAGGUGGUGAGUUCGCCUCCGACCUCUUGGCAGCCUACUGUGCUGAGCACGGCAUUGAGCAGUCGUUCACGCUUCCGGCCUCUCCGCAGCAGAAUGGGGUCGCUGAGCGCCGCAUUGGCCUAGUCAUGGAGGUCGCUCGUACCUCCCUGACCCAUGCGGCUGCUCCCCACUUUCUGUGGCCGUUUGCGGUCCGAUACGCUGCGCAUCAGCUCAACCUCUGGCCCCGUGUCUCCUUGCCGGAGACUUCCCCGACUCUGCGGUGGACGGGAGAGGUUGGCGAUGCGUCGCGUUUCCGGGUCUGGGGAUCUCGAGCUUUUGUCCGCGACACGUCCGCGGACAAGCUCUCGCGUCGCGCCGUUCCCUGUGUCUUUCUUGGCUUUGUGCCUGACGCGCCUGGAUGGCAGUUUUACCACGUCACCUCGCGCCGGGUUCUGGCCUCUCAGGACGUCACUUUUGACGAGUCCGUCCCCUUCUACCGCCUCUUCCCCUACCGCACUGCCCCGCUCCCCCCCCCGCCUCUCUUCCUCGCUCCAGGUGCUGAGGUACCAGACCCCCUCCCCCCUCAGGGUGCCGCUCCCUCAGGUGUGUCCCAGGUAGACCCGGGUGAGCCUGUCGAGGUAGCUGUUGACUCGCGUCCUGCGUCUGGGGGUGCUGAGCCUGGGGGUGCUGAGUCUGGGGGUGCUGAGUCUGGGGGUGCGGAGCCUGGGGGUGCUGAGCCUGGAGGUGCGGAGCCUGGGGGUGCUGAGCCUGGAGGUGCGGAGCCUGGAGGUGCGGAGCCUGGAGGUGCUGAGUCUGGGGGUGCUGAGUCUGGGGGUGCUGAGUCUUCGGGUGCUGAGCCUGAGCGUACUACACCUGGAGGAGCCCUCUCCUCCCAGCAGCUGCAGGAGAGGUACCUCGAGUACUGCCGCCUCCGGAGAGGUGCUUCUGGAGCUCGUCCCAGUACUUCCCCUCCUACCCAGGAGCUCCCCCCCAUUCAGGUGAUCCGAGAGUGGUACACACGGCGCUGCAGUCUUCGGAGUGGUGCUCCUGGUGCUGCGGACCCGAGCGGUGGCGCUGUUGCUGGUGCUGAGGACCCGGACGCUGGAGCUGCUGCUGGUGCUGAGGACCCGGGCGUUGGAGCUGCUGCUGGUGCUGAGGACCCGACCGGCGGCGCUACUGCUGGUGCUGAGGACCUGACCGGUGGCUCUGCUGCUGGUACUGAGGACCCGGGCGUUGGAGCUGCUGCUGGUGCUGAGGACCCGGGCGUUGGAGCUGCUGCUGGUGCUGAGGACUCGGGCGUUGGAGCUACUGCUGGUGCUGAGGACCCGACCGGUGGCGCUGCUGCUGGUGCUGAGGACCCGGGUGUUGGAGCUGCUGCUGGUGCUGAGGACUCGGGCGUUGGGGCUGCCGCUGGUGUCCCUGCUGGUUCUGGAGACGCUGCGCGGCCGCGACCGUACUUCGUACCGCUCCUUCAGCAGGUUCUUGGUCAGGCUCCUCCUCCUAGUCCUCCUCCCUCCGUCGAGUGUCCUCUGCCUGUCCAGCCGCAGUCACAGUUACCGCCUGCCUCGCCUCUCCCUGCUCCCUCUCCUUACAUUGGUCCCACAGGAGGUCUUACAGAGCGUCGUGAGCCUGAGUCUCGUCCUGCGUCGCCUGUUCGUACUACUCGCACUGGUCGUCGUGUCCCGCGUGAGCGUCCUCCUCCUGUCCCUGGCACUCACUACAUGACUUUGCGUCCCUCCACUGCUCCGCAGCGUGUCCCGCUGCCGUCUCCUCCUGCGUCCUCUCUUCCUACUCUUCCUGACCCGGAGUCUGACUCCCGUCGUGCGGCCAGUCCCACUGUUACGCGUCUCCUCGCUACAGUUGUCACUGACCCGACCUUUGAGUCCUCUGCUGCGUCUGCUCUGGUCGCUGAGUUGGUUGACUUUGCUGCUCGCUGUCGCUUAGACUACGCUGCCAGCCUUGUCGCUGAGUCUGAGUCUGAGUCUGCCUGUCCUCCGUCCGUCGGGGGUGAGUGUGCUCUUGGCACGGACGUCCUUGAGGACAGACAGGAGGAGUUCCAGUGCUUUGCUGCUGCUUUGCCCCAUCUCGUGUCCAUGCUUGUUGCCCCUGAGGGAGACCCGGAUGCACCAGACAUCCCGACCCCGCGCUCUUACGCUGAGGCGAUGGCGGGUCCCUACUCCUCUCAGUGGCAGACAGCCAUGGACGCAGAGAUGGCUUCCUGGAAGUCCACAGGCACCUACGUCGACCAGGUUCCCCCUCCUGGGGCGAACAUCGUCAGUGGCAUGUGGAUUUUCAGGGUGAAGCGGCCGCCGGGUUCUCCUCCUGUCUUCAAGGCACGCUACGUGGCUCGAGGCUUCAGUCAGCGAGAGGGAGUCGACUUCUUCCAGACCUUCUCCCCCACCCCGAAGAUGACCACUCUUCAGGUGCUGCUGCACAUAGCCGCUCACCGCGACUACGAGCUUCACUCACUUGACUUCAGCACUGCUUUCUUGCAGGGCAGCCUGCACGAGGAGAUCUGGUUGCGCCGCCCUCCUGGCUUCACUGGGUCGGUUCCUCCUGGCACCCAGUGGAGGCUUCAGCGGCCGGUCUACGGUCUCCGCCAGGCGCCACGUGAGUGGCACGACACACUGAGGACGACGCUUGCGGCUCUUGGGUUCGCUCCCUCUACUGCUGACCCGUCGCUGUUUCUACGCACCGACACCUCGCUGCCGCCGUUCUACAUCCUCGUGUACGUUGACGACUUGGUCUUUGCCACUGCUGACACAGCAGCACUCGCCCACGUGAAGUCGGAGCUGCAGAGGAGACACACGUGCACAGACCUGGGUGAGCUGACAAGCUAUCUUGGCUUGCGGAUCACCCGGGACAGAGCACGGCGCACCAUCACCUUGACUCAGUCACACAUGGUGCAGCAGGUUCUCCAGCGCUUCCGCUUCACGUACUCCUCGCCUCAGUCCACUCCUCUGCCUACCGGUCACUCGCUCUCAGCUCUGCCUUCGGAUGAGUCCGUAGAGCCGAGUGGCCCGUAUCCAGAGCUUGUGGGCUGCCUCAUGUACCUGAUGACCUGCACUCGACCUGACCUUGCAUACCCCCUUAGCAUCUUAGCACGCUAUGUCGCUCCUGGCCGUCACAGGAAGGAGCACAUGGAUGCUGCUAAGAGGGUGUUGCGCUACUUGUGCAGUACGUCGGGCAUGGGGCUUGUGCUUGGAGGGCGAGACCGGGUUGUUCUCACAGGGCACUCAGACGCUUCUUGGGCAGACGACCAGGCUACUCAGCGGUCGUCACAGGGUUACACCUUCAGCCUUGGCUCUGGCUCAGUUUCUUGGCGUUCUACUCGUUCGUCUUCUGUUCUCAGCUCCAGUUGUGAGGCUGAGAUCUACGCCACAGCCAUGGCUGCCCAGGAGCUAUGCUGGCUGACCUACCUGCUGACCGACCUCGGAGAGCGGCCUCGUUCUCCUCCAGUGCUGUACGUCGACAACAAGGCUGCCAUUGCCUUGUGUGAGGAGCACAGACUGGAGCACAGAACGAAGCACAUUGCUCUGCGGUACUUCCUUGCUCGAGAGCUGCAGCAGCGCGGUCAGCUUCGUCUGCGUUACGUGGCCACUGAGGCCAACACUGCUGAUGUGUUCACCAAGGCACUCCAGCCUUGUGACCAUCAGCGCUUCUGUACUCUGUUAGGCCUUGUGCCUACUGGGCCUCACUUGCUCACUUCUUGA